UACUGUGGGUUCCAUAAACCCUGAGCCUCCUCUUCCCACUUGUCUGCAAAUGGGACUGGCAUCUCUGCGUGACUGGGAUUGGCUGAAGCCCACACUGCUUCCCUGGCUGCAGAGACAGCUGCAGGAUGAGGAGUGCAGAAGCAGCCAGGCCCCCGCAAGAGGGUCCCCGCCCAGCCCUGUGUUCUCCACAGACAUGUUAGAAGGCCCUUGAAGCCAAGCCAGCCCUGAAAUGGCCCUGUUCCCUGAACAGUCGCUUGUAUCUGGCUCUCUGAGAACUAGAAAAUGGGUGCAUGAAAACCAGGAGGAAUCAAGGAGUCCCAAGGAGUGGUAGGUGGCGGGGGCGGCCUUCUCUCCUCCUGCUGGCCCCCAGGUCUCCACCACCUUGGGCAGGAGCUGGCCUGCCUUAGAUGUCUGCCUCCCAGGGCCCGUCCAGCACAGAUGCCGAGAUGUCUGGAUGCUGCGGUGUUAGGGGCGGGAUGGGGAGAGGUGAAAUUCCAGACCUUCAUGCAGAAGUCAUUUACCUGUAAAGCACAUUUACAAAUACCACCCCCCAUGCGUCUUUUUCCAUAUUCUGUUUUUUCCCUCUGCAACCUAAGUCUCUUUCAGCUCGUUUUUCCACUUGCUGCGCUUUCUUCCUGCCCCCCUGUUGGCCUCCAGGCAAAAGCCCCUGGGACUGGAGCAUCCUAGGCAGGUCGUGCACUCUGGCUGUGGCAAGAGGGGUCCACCCUGGGCCUGCUGGGAGCUUCACGAGGAGCAGCAGACUAGGAGGCUCAGCCGGGGUCCAGCUGCUCAGCCCUGCCCACGGUCCCUGAAUCACCUUUGAAGGGCCCAUCCCAGUUGCAGCUACAGCCACUGCAGCGGUGGCUGCGGUGGCGUCUGCUCCAUUCCCUUCCCAGAGGAAAGCAACCUGUCUGCUGACUGUUGCCUUGCCAGCUGCUGAGACUCCAGGGCAGGGCACUGGGAAUCAGAAUGUCCUGAUUCACCAGACCUGGCCACAGGGGGCUUCUUGAUCAAAUGGAACGUUUCAUCAUUCCAGCCGUUUCAGUCCAGAACAUCAGCACCCGCGCCGGCUUAAAUCAGCCUGGGUCCAAACAGCCCUGCUGAAUAACUGAGGAGACCUACGGAGCGAUCACCAUGAGUAUCUCAGCUCUCAGAGGCAGCACCAAAGGGAAGCCUCUGCCACCUGGCGAGGAGGAGCGUAAUAACGUCCUCAAGCAGAUGAAAGUGCGAACCACCCUGAAAGGGGACAAGAGCUGGAUUACCAAGCAGGACGAAUCAGAGGCCCACACCAUAGAGCUGCCCUCAGGCCGGAGUCGCGCCACAUCCUUUUCAUCUGCUGGAGAGGUUCCAAAGUCCAGGCCUCCGAGCACCAGGGGUCCCACUGGCUACAUCAUCCGGGGAGUGUUCACCAAGCCCAUAGACAGCUCUUCCCAGCCCCAGCAGCAGUUCCCUAAGGCCAAUGGGACUACAAAAAGUACUGCCAGUCUGGUGAGAACAGCUAAUACUCAUCCUCCCCGCCCUUCCUCCUCUGGCUACAAGAUGACCUCUGAGGAUUACAAGAAGCUGGCACCCUACAAUGUCAGGCGCAGCUCUACAUCAGGGGACACCGAGGAGGAGGAGGUGCCUUUCUCAUCAGAUGAACAGAAACGGAGGUCACAGGCUGCAAGCAGUGUUGUGAGGAGGACAGCUCCCCGGGAGCACUCCUACGUGCUGUCAGCGGCCAAGAAGAACACGGGCACUCCUACACAGGAGACACAGGCUCCGUUUAUUGCAAAGAGGGUGGAGGUGGUGGAAGAGGACGGGCCUUCAGAGGAGAGCCGCGACCCUUCAGACAGCUCCACAGGUGAGGAAAUUGUCCGCCUACAGAUCCUGACACCCAGGGCAGGUCUCCGCCUGGUGGCCCCAGACCUGGAAGGCAUGAGGUCUUCCCCAGGCCACAAAGACAAGGAGGCUCCCUGCUCCAGAGAGCUCCAGAGGGACUUGGCUGGCAAGGAGGCCUUCAAGGGCCCCAACACGGAUGAUGAAGGGUCAAGUGCACAGUUGAGUGAUGGCAAUGUGGGAUCCGGAGCCCUGGGCUCCCGGCCUGAAGACGUGGCUGCAGUAGACAUCGGCUCCAAGAGAGGAAGCUCCAGUGCCACUUCAGUCUCUGUUGUCCCUGCUGAUAGGAAGAGUGACAGCACAGCAGCCCUGGAGAAUGCAAAGGCAGACUCAAAGGGUGCCUUGGUUGAUUAUGAGGAGAAGAAUGUGGCCACCAAGGCCAGAGAGGCCUGGCAGGAGAGCCCUGGAACCCGAGGAGGUGGCCAAGGAGACCCAGCUGUACCCACUCAGCAACCUACAGAUCCCAGCACCCCAGAGCGGCAGAGCAGCCCCAGUGGAUGUGAGCAACUCGUUGGACAAGAGAGCUGCGCCAGCAGUGUGUUGGCUGAUUAUGUGGGGAAGAAUAUGGCCACCAAGGUCGGAGAGGCCUGGCAGGACAGGCCUGGAGCCCCAGGAGGUGGCCAAGGAGACCCAGCUGUAUGCACUCAACAACCAGCAGAUCCUAGCCCCCCAGAACAGCAGAGCAGCCCCAGCGGAUCUGAGCAACUCGUCAGACAAGAGAGCUGCACCAGCAGGGUGAGAAGCCCCCCGAGCUGCAUGGCCACCGUUACUGUCACUGCCACUUCUGAGCAGCCUCACAUUUAUAUUCCAGCCCCGCCAAGUGAAUUGGACUCCAGCUCCAUUACCAAAGGGAUUCUCUUCCUGAAGGAGUAUGUGAAUACUAGUGAAGUGUCAUCUGCACGCUAUAGCAGUGUCAGCAGCAUUGAGGACACGUUCGACAUGGAGAAGAAACCCCCAUACAGCAGCACUCCAUACUCUGAGAGGACAACUGGAGGGAUCUGUACUUACUGCAACCGUGAGAUCCGAGACUGUCCAAAGAUUACCCUAGAACAUCUUGGCAUCUGCUGCCAUGAAUAUUGCUUUAAGUGUGGGAUUUGCGGUAAACCCAUGGGCGAUCUCCUGGAUCAGAUCUUCAUUCACCGUGACACCAUUCACUGUGGGAAAUGCUAUGAGAAGCUCUUCUAGCCACCCCCAGGCUGAUCAGAAGCUGAUGACUCCUGGACAAGUUUGGCUGUCCCCAGUUUUGCCCCGAGUUGCUGGCUCCCAUUCCCUGUUUGAUUUCUUCGUGCGUUUGCCCUUCUCAAGUUGAAGUUGUAUCUUGAUGAUGCUAGAUAAUUGCUUGUGUGUGGAGCUUCUUAUAGCUUAGAAAGCACUUUACAUCCAUGAUCUCAUUUCAGGCUCAACAAAAGAGGAUCAAACAAGAAUUCCAUCUUGCCUUCCCUAAGGCAGAUUGGCUUUCUAAUGAGUUUAGGUGAGCAGAAGUAUAGGGUUCAGUGUGUCCUGAUGACCUUGAAGCUUCCGAGGGGCCAAGUUGAGACUAUUGAUGAUCCCUUGUGAGUAAAUUGCAGACAUUGAAUGCUAGGGAUUGGCAUAGGCUAGUGUUUAGCUUGUCUAUUUGCCAUAUCUAUCUUUUUUUAAUUUCUAUAUACUUUAAAGAGUAGUUAGCUGCUUUUGUUGGGUUUUAUAGCAGUGUUUCAUUUUGUCUUCCACCCACCUUUCACUAUAUUUGAGUUUUCCCCUACUAGUAUGUUGGCAUGUAUUGGAAAGUUUACACGAUUAGGUUUAAUUCAGUAGAUUGUGACUUUAGGAGGCUACUGACCAAAGUGAUAUCUGUGUCUGUUGAAAUCUUGAUAGCUGAUUAAUUUGCCUUCAAUUCCACUCCCUGAACUUCACACAGAAAUUCUCCCAGGUGGGUUUUAGGGUGUAUAGAUCCCAGCAGGAUUAAGGAGGGGGAAAGCAGCUAGCAUUUCUCGAGGCUCUACUACAUACCAGGCACUAUCACAAAGUGAUGGCAUUAGUUCACAUAAUAAUCCCGUGAAGGCGACAUUCUCAUCCUCAUCUUAGAGAUGAGGAUAUUGGAACUCGUAGAGGUGGUCAUUGCAUUGUGCAGAACUCUACAGAGCCCAUGCUCUUCCAGAGCAGUACCCACAAAAGCAAGCAUUGAUUUUGUGCUGAGUAUGUGCCAAGCACUGUGCAGGGGAUGCACAGUUUCUGCCACGUUUAUACCCUCUGUUCAGGCCUCCCUAAGAGCAGAAGGUGUGAAAUCACACUCUUCCUCUGGGAAUUCUGGAUCCCUGAAUGAUCUCCACCCCUCCCCCGUCAAGUAUUUCAAGGGCCAAGCUGUCUCUUUCCCUCCCCUCUGCCCAUGAAAAUGUCUGCAAACUGAGAUGCUUUCAGCUGACAACAUAUUUGGCUCACAGAUAUUACCAAAGAGGAGCUUGUGAAUCCAGGAAAAGCAGAGAGUGUUCAGUGACCCAUUUUCCAGUUAAGACUCUGCCUCAAGCUGCUGACAACUGCUGGAGCCCCAGGUACCUGGGACAUGGAGACUCGUUGGAUGGCUGAGCAGAUACAAGCUGUUCAUGUAGUCAGCUGACCCUCUGCUCAGGCUCAGCUGGCCUCUGCCACCUUUGGGCCCAGCAUCACUUUGUAAGUUCCUUGAAAGGAAGAACAACCUUAGAAUAUUUCGGAUACAAGAUGAGGGCAUCUUCUCUUGAUUUAAUUAUAAAAGGUCUCCAUCUUUCUCCAGCUUCUGAGCCCUAUGUACAUUGGCUUGUAGACUUGUUCUUCCUGGCAAAUGAUCAGAGAGGAACACUCCAUUUAUUUGCGUUGGAUUUUCCUCUGUAGAGCAUGUACCCACACUGAAUACCAACUGCUCUCCCUCAGCUGUAGUCCCCAGCAUCAGACUUGGCACAUAGUGGAUACUAACACACAGCUACUCAAUGAAUGAGUGAAGGAAAGAAAUGUCACCCCCUUGGUGAGAGGUGCUAUCCCUGAGUCUUAUUGCAGGCCCAGUGGAUAGAAUGCAAGGUAAAGAGGCCCAAGAAAGGCUGGCUUCCUCACUUCAAGGUAUAGUCUGCCUUUAAGGGAGUUUUAGAACCAACAUGCAAGAUAAUGAAAGAAAUCUUGCAAAAGCAUUAUUGAUUUUGAUCCAAAUCAGCUUCUUUCAUGUCUAAAAAGGCACAGAAUUUUGCAGAUCUAAGGAAGAGGGAUGGUUGCUUUACAUUUUGCUGCUUUUUUAUUGCUUAGUGUUUCUAAUCACACUUAAUCCACAUUAAUGUGCACAAUUAUAAUAAAUGGUAAGAUAUUA